CCGUCCGCGGCAGACUGCGCUGCGCUGUCAUUGCGAUUUCUUGCUCUGCUCCUUCAAAGAACGCAAGAGAAAGGCUCCUUCCCCGGGAGUCGGAAGGAAACUGCGCAGCAUAAAGAAAAGUUAAUUGUUUUAACACGCACCCAAACUAUUGCUAAGGAGAGAUUCAAUUCAAACCCCACUCCAGAAAAAGCUAUAAUUAAAGGGAAAAAGAAGAGACUUUGCUAGGAGGAGAUGAACAGAGGAAGCGAGCAACAAGUGCUGGCACUUGGGAGCCCCGGGGAGUUUGUACCAGGGGCCGGCUCAGCUUGUGGUGGCUCCUCGCCGCCAGCCCUCCCUCCCUCUCUGGCACACAUGUAACAUGAAACUUCGUAUCUCCAGGACGACCAAUAACAAAAAAAAGGCAGAGACAACAGCUGGCUGUCAGCAGCGGAGCAGAGAGGAGCCGAGCGAGGAAGGAGACACAAGCCAGGAUGAGGGGAGAGAUGACGUGAAAGUUUAAGAAGACAGAAAAACAAGAGGAGAAGAAAGGUCCCGUGGCACGGCUGGGCAUAAAGCCUGAAGAGGUUGAGCCAGAAUGUCUUCUGAAGGCUUUCUGAAGGAAAUGCAAGGCAUUGGUGAGAAGCUGCUCCUUAAGCUCCAGAAGCUGCCCAAGGCUGACCCUGUGGAGAUUGUGUCCUUUUGUGUGAUUCUUCUGUUUAUUGGUACUGUUCUGGUGAUGAUGAUUAUUGCCUGCAGCUGCUGCUGCUAUAGCUGCUGUAGCUGCAACGGACAUCCCGACCACAGACGUAGGAAGAUCCAAGUCCGCCCAACUGCCCAUCCAUGAGGUGUAACAAGAGAUGACACGACCAAGGACACGCAUGGACAUCAUGAUUCAGUCACAUGGGAAUGACUGUCUACGCUAACUCAUUGAAUAUGGCAAUAACAAUAUUAAUGAAUAUGACUCAGAGGACCAGAAAUCACAGCCUGGAUUUCAUUCUUUCUGUGACAGCCACUGCUGGGCUCCGUGGUGUGACCACCAAGGUAAUGCUACUUUACCAUCCCCGUCUCCCUCAGCCAGGGUGUAGGGGGCAUGCAUGGACACACGCUACCAAGAGAACAGACACACUUUCCCAUGACAACCUUACAGGUAGGCCAGCCAAGGAUUCCCUUUGUGACCACGGAGUCACAAGCCAAAGCAGAGAACACAAACUGCCACAUGGCUAGGCAGCCCCUACCCUCUUCACAAGUGACUCAUCUGAAGGAUGAUGCUGGGCACUAGCAAAACCCAGUAACAUCACUGGGAGGUGCACGUGCUCAGCACUUCUUGGAUGAAGCCCAAACCUGCUCUCUCAAAAGCCGUGCACAACAGAGCACAGACGUCUAGGUGAGAUGACUGCUGAAAACACAAGAAAUCUUGGACCUUCUGAGCUUGACAUGCCGGCUGAGGGGCUCUGAGUGCAGCCGAUUACAAAUGCUCCCUGCUUUUUUUCCUCAGUGUUAAAAGGAUGUGAAACUGCCAAAGAGAACAAUUCGAUCAUGUGCAAUAUCAGUUGUAAUCAGUAAGAUGAAGGCAAAAGGGGAAAACUCACAAAUGGUACAGUUUAAUUUGAUUGCUCUACUACUAAACAUGCUCUCUAUCACCCACCCUCUAGGUGGUAUUCAGAUCCUUCAGGAGUUCUGCUCUUUCUGCAUAUUGCAGGUGAAUGCUCCUUUCAGAGCAUGGGAGUCACAGGAGAUGCACAAAUCCAUAUCCUUACUUGAAGAACCUGUGUGCCUGACUCCCUGCACUGGGUACAGUUUAUUUUAGUGGACAUAAGCAUUAUGCUUAAGGUAUGUUUAUUCGCAUACACCAAGACAUUUCACAGGAGUGACACACAGUAUGGUGAGCGUCACUUCAGGGUAUAUAUGCAGCAGCUGACAGUUGGCGUUGUGACAAAGCAGAGCCAAGACUGGGCUGCACAGCUGAAGUUAACAAGCGCAAAUAAAUCCCCUUUCCAUUCUGCAGCCACUGUGUAUGCUUGGUUUGUACUUUGGUGAACUUCAGAAAGGGAUUUCCCUAUGUACAAGGCUACAGCACAGGGAAUGACUUUCAUAACUGGGACAGAGAAACAGAAGAACAUCAUACUGCACCUAUUCUGUAAGCCACUGGUGUUUUUUCAGCCCAAAAUAGAUAGGCCACAACAUGAAACCAAUCACCUUAAAGAGAAGGUAUAAAAAGGACACAUGCAUGUAGAUAAGCCAUCUUCUACCCUUGUGUUCAUAUUGCUAAACCUGGAAGAGUCAAAGGGAUUACGCAUGUAUAUACCAGAGCCAGCAUCCAGCUAGAGAGAACAGAAUCAUCAAGUUUUUUAAUGGGCUUUUAAAUACUCUUUACACUUCAGAGGAGCAACACAUAGAAAACUUUGUAAAGAAACCUCUUCUUUCUGAUGCCUGCGCUUGGAUUAGUAAAAUGAACAUUGCA